GACUGUAUGCAGUAACUACUCCUUAUCGGGGCGGUUGCCGCGCCAACAAUCGGCUACUGUGUCCUGUACGUACAACAACGACACCACAACAGCGACCACGACCAUAUCAGCCCUCAGCGCCAGCGGCAUCCCAUGGCCCAUGACACAGUUACAUCUAUAUAUCUCCAUUCCUUUUUGCAAGCAGACUUUAACUUGACAACAGCGCAUUCAUUCAUUCGUAUAUAAGUAUUCACUCAUUUUACACUCUUGCGCUGUCGGUCUCCCGUCGCGGCCAUGGGACGAGUAGAGCCGCCGUUCAUGUAUGACCCACCGUCCCGCAACCGGUUUUCUGGUAUUUCAGUUAACUUCGAUCCAAAGGCUGUGACGCGGGCAAGCUGGACUCCGCGCGAGCCUCGAAUGGAAAGAAAUGGGCCCUUGGUGAAUUUCAAUAAGCAUCCUGAUUCUUAUGUUAUGAUUCCGAAUGGAAAAAUUAAUAAGAAAACAAUGAGCCCGAAGACUAAAAGCAGGGUGAAGUACACGAGAAUCUUUCAAUUGGUUUUGAGAGUAUGUGCUUUGAUCGGAGCGCUGGGAGUGCUGUUCUGCGUGAUAUGUAUCAAUAAUAUCGCUGGCGCAGCGGUGUGGAUGAUCCGUGUAGCACCUGGUGUGGCAAUUCUACAUACUAUAUACGCGAUCUACCAUCUAUCUCGGUCUUCUGCUGCGCGUACUCCCGCUUCGUCCGCGAGCUAUAUGUUGUUCGCGUCUGUUAUGGAUGCUGGACUUAUUCCGCUCUAUGUUUUCACGGGUAUCAUAGCUCGAGUCGAACACACUAGCGGGACAUAUGGCUGGGGUACAUUGUUCGAAACUAAAUUGGCAGCGGAUAAAAUCAUAUAUACGACAUUUCUUGCUUGCUGCGUUACCGCGGGCGUGCAUCUUGCAUCCUUGGUUAUAUCCCUCUAUCUGGCUGUUAUAUUCCGCAAAAUCUCCAAGCUCCCACCAGACAUGAAUCCAUUGGAAGAUAACCUAACUUCACGCGGUCACAAGCGCACAAAUUCUAACAUCGCAGAGAUCGCAGAGAAGCACAUGAGCGACACCACGAUCGCUUCUUCGAAUUUUAACCGCAGAUCCCUGGCAAAAGAACCUCUGAUGACUCCUACGCGUAGCGUUCCUUUUAUGCACACACGCGCUGAUUCCGUCGAGGAUAUUGGCGAUAGUCCAAGUCAAUCAUUCUAUUCAGCGCAAUCUCACCGGUAUUCACGUUCAGACCUCCCGAGCCAACAGACGCGCCAGUAUGAACAAUCUCAUCAUACUCCAGUCGGUAUCGCACGGACAAUGGCGCGGGGUCGUGGCGGUACUUCAUCUCGCCCUCAAUCUGUUACCAUAAACACCUCCCCUAAGUCGGAGAACUCGCGGCCGGUGUCUCCUGAAACUGUUUCCCGUGAUCCUAGUGGUGUAUCAUCACUAUCCAAGGAAAACUGGUUUGUUCACCGGUCAUCUCCAUCUCCUCCAUUGCACGCCGACCGAGUUUCUCCGUUGCCUGAUCGGCUCGGAUCUCCCGAUAUGCUUGGGAAGGAUCUAGGUGUGAAGGAUUGGGAGUACACAAACGAUUCAUAUGGAUUUGAUCGGAGUGGCACAGUCAUCAAGCAUCGUAGCAAGGAUAAUUACAGCCCACUCAGCAACUACUACGACGAUGAUGAAAAUAUUUACAAGGAACAUACUGAGAAUUUGUAUGUCUAUGAACAUGAUCUGGGUGAUAACCAGGGCGGCAACAAUACCUAUGAGGGUGUACAAGAUGAUAAGACAGCAUCCGUGGCAGCCAUUAACCCACUGGAAAUGAACCCUCCAACACCGCAGCCUUUCGAGAAGCAACACCUCAUCUCGUAUGGCAAGACAGGCAGUAUCCGUCGCAUUGCAUUGACUGACGUACCGAACCCGUCACUCAACAGUCCACGCUACUCAACCCCAGCCAAAUCUCAAAAUCAUGGCGAUGUCGAACCCACUUACGAAAUACUCUCCUCACCUUUCGACAGCAAGAACGACGCCCACGUCCCCCAAGGCUUAACUCCAAAUAGUGCUGCGAAAAAUUCCACCCCAAGCAUAAAGCGAUGGACGUUAAGAGGCGGUAAACCAUCUGCCUAUGAGUCUCUACAAGCGGACGAUGACAGCGAUGAUGGUCGCGAUGCCAGCCCUGCCCACCACGAUAGUGACCGCAAGGGACGUGUGGUGAGCAAUUCCGGCAUUGACUUGGGGUCAGGUUUUGGAUCUGGCUCUCCUGGAUAUGGUAGUUAUAUUGCCGGAUUGGGCGUUGGGAGGAGACGGGAUGUUAGCGGGAAAGUGGCAGAAGAAGGGCGAGGCGGUGGAGUUAACACCGUCGCUGAAGAAAAGGAAAAGACUGCUGCGAAGCCGAAAGGACGACGGCUUUCGAAGUCCGGCGGUAGUGAGAUUAAGGCUGCUGGGUGGGCGCGUUUUAAGGGGUUAUAAAUGCUCUCGCCAUACUCACCUACCCCACAGUUUGUUUUAACCUCUUUUAUUCUUUUUUUUUAUUCGACCAACAGAGCAGCCUGUGUUCAGUUCAUGAUUCUUUUGUUUGUCUGAUCUGCUCAUCAUUUCUUGUUUGACCCUCUCCCCCAUUUCCAAUUGCUUUUCCUAGGACGACAACAAACGGCGUUGAAAAAUAUUCCCCCUUCUUUUCUGCUUUAUAUGGAUUUUGUUAUGAUUUUGAUUUCUUAUAUUCCAUAUCUCCCCUCUGCGUCUGGUAUUUUUUUUUCUUUUUUUUUCUUUUUUUUUUUUUUGUCUUCUUGGCUAUUUUGGGGGAUUUAUGACUUUGACGAGCACGCGAGGAAUAUGCAGUUAUUGGCCAAACUUUGGUUUGAAAUGAUAUCCAAUGUAUCUUUUAGGUAGUUAGUUAGAAUAUUAGUUUCUGAUACCCGGUGUGCCCUACAAUGGAAACGUGAAUUUGAAUGAGCAACAAGAAUUUGAGACGCAUACAAUAACGAUUAUUAAUUGAACACA